GAGAUAUGUUCAUUCAUGUUAGGUUUAAACAAAACAACAACAAGUCAGUUCAGAGUAACUUCCCCGCGUGAAACAAGAAUCGUCCGGGGCCACGGGUGCGCGCGCCCGGGGCAACGCACGAGCACGCUUCGCCGACUGAGCGACGCACUCCACGGUGCGGAGGAAUACCGCGAGGCGCGCAGUGGUGGUUCGUCUCGCCUGCCACCCUGCAAGCAGCCUUAUUCAGUGGCAACCGUCCAUUUCCUCUCUCCCGUAGCGUUAGCAGACCCGACGUUUCGCACUCCGACAGACAUGGCUGACCAACUAACAGAAGAGCAGAUUGCAGAGUUCAAGGAGGCCUUCUCCCUGUUUGACAAGGAUGGAGAUGGAACCAUCACCACCAAGGAGCUGGGCACCGUCAUGAGGUCACUGGGUCAAAACCCAACUGAGGCUGAACUUCAGGAUAUGAUCAAUGAGGUGGACGCAGACGGCAACGGGACCAUUGACUUCCCCGAGUUCUUGACGAUGAUGGCAAGGAAGAUGAAGGACACGGACAGUGAGGAGGAGAUCAGGGAGGCGUUCAGGGUCUUUGAUAAGGAUGGCAACGGUUACAUUAGUGCUGCAGAGCUGCGUCACGUGAUGACCAACCUGGGAGAGAAGCUGACAGACGAGGAAGUAGACGAGAUGAUCAGAGAAGCCGACAUUGACGGAGACGGACAGGUCAAUUAUGAAGAAUUUGUUCAGAUGAUGACCGCCAAAUGAUCUGGGCUCUCGCAUAAAAGAUAAAGAAUCAGUCAAAUGUUUCACUUACCUCUUACUGCAAAAAUCUACAUUUAUUCAUACUGUUCUGUAUAGACAACUUUAACUGAAUGUUGGAAAACUGAAAAUCUGUCCAUAUAAACAAGCUCAAAAAAGGUAAAAACAAAAAGAAGAAAAACCCCUAAAUGAAUCUGCAUGUACUGGCUUGUAUCCCCCCCGACCCCACCCCCAGCACUGAGCUGUCCGAUCAGAUCUCAACUCGUUGGCCGAGCAGCCUCUCCGCAGCCGGCUCGUUUGGCCACUGCUCUUCUGCUUCCUAGUUCCAUCUGCCUGAUGUCAUGAUAAUUAUUUGGGCUGGCCAAUCGCCUUUCUUCUAUGACUUUCUGUUUAUUUUUAUUUCUGUUCUUCAUGCAUGCAGCUUUAAGAUUGGUUACUGUCAGGAGUCCAAGUGCAGAGGGCAUUUGUUGGGCCUCAGGUUGCCCUGUGACCCACUGAGAAGAGGAAGAGGAGGAGGGGGGAGGGGUUAGAUGACAGAUGGAUGGGAGUGAUCGAACCAGCGGAACCUGCAGUUUGCUCACCCAGAUGAAGUCGGUGACCACAGAGAUAUUUUUAAGAAAAAUAUUAAAAAAGGAAUAAAUAAGAACUCGUAGAUUCUGUGUCUCUGGCAUGUUAGGAUACUCGCUUUAUCCUUUGUGUGUUUACCUUUUUUGAGAGUGAAGCCUAAGUCGGGGCAUAGAUUUGAGCCCCUCGGGCGGUGGGUGUGUCCUGGACUUUUGGAGGGGUUGGGUGGGCUUUAAAAGUGAUGACAUACAGUGAAAUUUUGGGGGCAAGUACAAUACUGUGAGUAUCAAUUUGCAGAGGUGGAUAUUUAAAAUGAUGAAUUUCUAAAGUCUGAAGUGAAGUAAAAUCUAGUGACUGAACUGUGCUCAGGUAAAGUAUAUUGCCUCCAACUUUGCACGCAUGUCAUUCAACGAGGGGGUUGAUUUCAGUUUAGUGGGGGCAGGGUCGGUGCUAAGCAGCAUUUCUAUCUCGUGUGUGUGUGUGUGUCUGAGUGUGUGUGGCUGUGUGAAUGUCUGAGAGUGUGGGUGCGGCGAGGCCCGGCCCAGUCCGACUGUUCUGUUCAGUUCAGUUGAUCUGCAUUCCAAGUUGUACAUGCUAGUCUUUACAUUUUGUUUUUCCAAUAAAAAACCAUGAACUAA